UCGGGUUCUAAAAUAAGGAUCUUGACUCAUGGAUAAUUGCAGCUUGCAUACUGCAUGCAUAUAACUCAUGUCACGGGAUUCCCCAUAGGCAGUAAGCCUGUCUACUUGCUCGGGUUGCCGGGUCGUCGUAGUUUGCCUGGACUGCUUUCGCCAUCUUUAUCACUGCGGUGCGGUUCUGACCAGUCACCCUGCAGAUGACGAGUCGUUUUGGAGAAUAGGAGAUGGCCGGUUCCUCCGACUUCAGAUUUGUGGAAUCGAUCUCCAAGUCGAGUCUCCUCGACCCUCACCGACUGCCGAGAUUUUCUGCCUAUGCUUCACGCGAUUGGUUCAAGGGAUCGCCAGUUGGCUCUUCCCUUGCAGAGCACACACUAGGUUAGCCUGUCGCCAUCGACUAGCCCCUGUUCCUGCAAAGCUCCAACAUAAAUGUCAACCCGUUUCCUCGCCAGGCCGUCUCCGUCGAUGUAUAGACCACACGCACAACCCUCACCAAGAUCCUUUAUCACUCGACGCCGACGCAAGCCCCGUCUGCUCUGUCCUAACUAGUUGGAUUACCUUCGUGUAUUACAACUCGCUCAGAAUGCGCAAGAUUUUGGCGGGGCCAGCUGAUCGCUUGCCAAGACCGCCAUAUGAUGCCGAGAUAGACUCUAUCUUCAAAGCCCUCGGUGGCAUGCCCGAGCGAUAUGAAGUUGAAAAGCUUCGCAAAGACGCGUCAGCGCGAACUCAACCCCUCACCAGCGCCUUACUUGCUGACAAGAGCAUCAACGUUGAGGACAUCACGAUUCCAGGACCCCGACAGAGUCUAACUAUCUCGGUCGUAAAGCCAUUGGCACCCGCAGACGAAAGUCGUCCAUGCAUCUUCUACAUCCACGGCGGCGCCUUGGUCGCGGCCGAUCGCUUCGCUGGUCUGGACACCAGCGUCACAUGGGCAAGGGAGUUCAGUGCUAUCACUAUCAGUGUGGAGUACGGACGUGCGCCAGAAAACACAGGUACGGAGCCUGUAGAAGACUGUUAUGCGGCAUUGCUCUGGACUAGUAAGCAUCUGUCGGAACUGGGCAUCGAUCCUGAUCGCCUGUUACUCUACGGCACAUCUGCUGGGGGUGGUUUGGCGGCAGCAGCCGCCUUGAUGGCGCGCGAUCGAUGCGGCCCGAAGCUGUGCGGCCUUGUCCUCGAAUGCCCCAUGCUCGACGACAGAAACGAGAGGGUGUCGUCUCAGCAGUUCUCCACCGGCCCCUUUUAUAACUCAACUCUAAACAAGUUUGCUUGGAGGUGUCUCCUCGGCGAACGGGCCGGAGGCAGUGCGGUCAGUGAAUACGAAGCGCCCGCACGAGCACAGGAUCUCUCGAGAAUGCCACCCACCUUCCUCGACUGCGCUUCGGCCGAACCGUUCCGGGAUGAGAUCGUGGCCUUCGCCUCUAAAUUAUGGGAAGGUGGUGUCCAAGCAGAACUUCACGUAUGGCCGGGUGGGCCCCACGGCUACGAUCGCAUCAUUCCCACUGCGCCAUUCGCUAUACUGGCGAGGCAAACCAGGCUGGCCUGGAUUCGUAGAGCAUUUCAAACAAUUUGAAGGCUUGGCUUUCGAAGUCAUUUACCAUUGACUACGACAUUAAUGAUGUGGUUCCAUAAUCAAGCGAUUCGGUGGUCUGUUGGAGGCAAAGUGGAUUGUUCCAGGUAAAGGAGGGUACAGGUUGCCUUUCUAUCAACCUGAUCGUGUGUGCGUUCGUGCCCAACUGGUCUGACCGGUGUGUCUUCGUGGGGGUUUGCUCGGAGUUGGUGGCCGUAGUGUGGUUGCGAGCUCGUCCGCUAAAAGAGUGUGUACCAAUUACUGGAUUUCGCCAGAUAGACUCUUUUCGUUGACAUAGGGUCAUCUAUUGCCCAAAGAUGUAUUACUUACUCGCCUACCUAGGUAGAUAGUCUAUCGUAAUUAGAUAGAUAUUUAAAUUGGUAAAAAUUAUCCCGUUCCCCUAU